AUGGAUACACUCAUGACCAGCCUGCCAACAAAUGUUGGGGCCAUCCUCAUGGAGAAUAUCUUCAUCAUCCAGAUCGUGUCCAUGUUCUCUAUCGGCGCGUACAAUGCCCUAGAAACAGGGAUUGUCACGUUCGACUCAUUCAAGCGCUACCGGGGCCUCUAUUUCUGGAGCAUGCAAUUUGCAUCCUGGGGAAUUCUCGUGCAUGCCAUUCCUGCUAUGGCUCGCUUUAUUUCUCAGGCGUCCAACCUCCCGACGUCCAUCCCCUUCAUGAUAGGAUGGUACGCCAUGGUUACCGGCCAAGCUGUCGUCCUCUACUCGCGUCUGCACCUCGUUUUCUCCGACAUGAGAAAGGUGCGGUGGGUUCUAUGGAUGAUCAUUACAAACGCUUGCAUCCUACAUAUCCCAAUGACCGUUUUUUUCUUCGGCCUCAACCGCGGCGAUGCGCGCUUUGCUCGCCCUGCCGCGAUAUUUGACCGGAUCCAAUCGACGGUUUUUUGCAUACAAGACUUCGUCAUCUGUGUCAUAUAUAUAUAUAAAGCGGUGCAUCAUUUCAAGAGUGCCAUUACAAUCCGCGGUCGCGACGGCCGCAACGCCAUUAUCCAUCUAUUUUGCAUCAACAUCCUCGUUGUAAUCCUGAACGUCUUACUACUCCUCGCGGAGUACAAGCUACACUACAUUCAAGUGAGCUUCAAGACGGUGGUGUACAGCGUCAAGCUGAAGUUGGAAUUCUCUGUGCUCAACCGUCUCCGGUUGCUGACAAGUACGAACCCCUGCAUCUGCCAGCAUGGACCCGAGGACAGCCGUCGAUCAAACGAUAAGAAUAUUUUUGGCAUGGCCUCUUCACGACCAGUUAUCGCACCGGAUGUGAGCUCGCAAUCUGGAGCAACCCAAACCGAUAUGCCACGUUCGUUGCGACCAAGCAGCAUCUAUGGAUACGAUGAAGCGCUACGCGAGACGUCGAGCGAGAAUAUGAUGCCCCCAGGAGACGCUUCUUAUUUGGCAACACUAUCAGAGGGUCACUCAAACAACCUUCCGGGCGGCUCCUCAGAAACCCUGCCUGCGCUAGAAUUGAGCCUAUCGCAAUUCUCGCCAAAGUUCGACGUCUGA